AUGGGUGGUCAAAGUCGGGAAGGCGGCAAAGUCAAGCCUCUCAAGGCACCGAAGAAGGAGAAGAGGGAAAUGGAUGAGGACGAGAUAGCAUUCAAGGCCAAGCAGCAAGCAGAUGCAAAAGCUAAGAAGGAAAUGGCCGAGAAGGCAAAGGGCAAGGGACCAUUGAACGCCGGUCAACAAGGGAUCAAGAAGAGCGGGAAGAAGUAA